GUUGUUCUGUACACACUGCUAAGCCAAGAGAGAAGAACGGAUCCAGAGGCUGGCUUGCUUCUCUACCUCAAGACGGGGCAGAUGUACACUGUGCCUGCCAACCAUCUAGAUAAAAGAGAAUUAUUAAAGUUAAGGAACCAGAUGGCAUUCUCUUUGUUGCACCGUAUUAGCAAAUCUGCUACGGGGAAUGAGAAGGCACAGCUUACUUCUUUGCCACAAAUAAUUGAAGAGGGAAAAGUCUGUAGAUACUGUUCACAAGUGAGCAACUGUGCUCUCUAUAGCAGAGCAAUUGAACAACCAGUGGAUGAAAGUUCAGUCCCAGAGGUCAUGUUGACCAAAAUACAAGAAGAAACCCAGCAUCUGCAGCGUGCACACUUAGAGUACUUCAGCCUUUGGUGUCUAAUGUUAACCCUGGAGUCACAAUCCAAAGACAACAGAAAGAAUCACCAAAAUAUCUGGCUAAUGCCUGCUUCUGAAAUGGAGGAGAAAGGCAGCUGCAUUGGGAACCUAAUCAGGACAAAACAUGUGAAUAGAGUCUGCGAUGGGCAGUACUUACAUCAUUUCCAGCGUAGAAAUGGUGCUAUGCCUGGGACAAACCUAAUGGCAGGAGACAGAAUUAUUUUAAGUGGAGAGGAGAGAGCGCUGUUUGCCUUGUCUAAGGGAUAUGUGAAGAAGAUUAACAUGACAACAGUAACCUGUUUAUUAGACAGGAACUUAUCAACCCUCCCAGAGUCAACUUUGUUCAGAUUAGACCAGGAAGAAAAAAACUGUGACAUACAUACCCCCUUAGGAAACCUCUCUAAAUUGAUGGAGAACACCUCUGCCAGCAAAAAGCUUCGAGAUUUAAUCAUUGACUUUCAGGAGCCUCAGUUUAUACCCUACCUCAGCUCUGUCCUCCCGCACGAUGCUAAGGAUACUGUUGCUGGCAUUCUAAAGGGUUUGAAUAAGCCUCAAAGGCAAGCAAUGAAAAAGGUUCUUCUCUCAAAAGACUACACACUCAUCGUGGGUAUGCCUGGGACAGGAAAAACGACUACCAUAUGCACUCUCGUAAGAAUCCUCUACGCUUGUGGCUUCAGUGUUUUGUUGACCAGCUAUACACACUCAGCUGUUGACAAUAUUCUUUUGAAGUUAGCCAAAUUUAAAAUAGAAUUUUUGCGUUUGGGUCAGACUCAGAAGGUUCAUCCAGAUAUCCAGAAAUUUACAGAAGAGGAAAUUUGCAGGUCAAAGUCCAUUAAUUCUUUAGCUCUUCUGGAAGAACUCUACAAUAGUCAACUUAUAGUUGCAACAACAUGUAUGGGAAUAAAUCAUCCAAUAUUUUCCCGAAAAACUUUUGAUUUUUGUAUUGUGGAUGAAGCCUCCCAAAUUAGUCAGCCAGUUUGCCUGGGGCCACUUUUUUUUUCUCGGAGAUUCGUGUUGGUAGGGGAUCAUCAGCAGCUUCCUCCCCUGGUGCUGAACCGUGAAGCAAGAGCUCUUGGUAUGAGUGAAAGCUUAUUCAAGAGGCUGGAGCAGAAUAAGAAUGCUGUGGUACAACUAACCGUGCAGUACAGAAUGAACAGUAAAAUCAUGUCGUUAAGUAAUAAGCUGACCUACAAAGGGAAGCUGGAGUGUGGAUCAGACAAAGUGGCCAAUGCAGUGAUAAACCUACCUAACUUCAAGGAUGUGAAGCUGGAGCUGGAAUUCUAUGCUGAUUAUUCUGACAAUCCUUGGCUGAUAGGAGUAUUUGAGCCUAACAAUCCUGUUUGUUUUCUUAAUACAGAAAAGGUUCCAGCACCAGAACAAGUUGAAAAGAGUGGUGUGAGCAAUAUAACAGAAGCCAAACUCAUAGUUUUCCUGACCUCAAUUUUUAUUAAGGCUGGAUGUAAUCCCUCUGAUGUUGGUAUCAUUGCACCAUAUAGGCAGCAAUUAAAGAUCAUCAAUGAUUUAAUGGCACAGUCUUCUGUUGGGAUGGUUGAAGUUAACACAGUAGACAAAUACCAAGGAAGAGACAAAAGGAUCAUCCUCGUAUCUUUUGUUAGGAGUAAUAAGGAUGGAACUCUUGGUGAACUCCUGAAAGAUUGGCGGCGUCUUAAUGUUGCUAUAACCAGAGCCAAACACAAACUGAUUCUCCUGGGGUGUGUGCCCACACUAAAGCGAUACCCACCUUUGGAGAAGCUGUUUUACCAUCUAAACUCGGAAAAAUCAAUCAUUGAUCUUCCAUCAAGAGAACAUGAAAGUCUCUGUCACAUACUGGGUGAUUUUCAAAAAGUAUAAAACACCGUUGUUUUCCCUGUCUUUUCAUAUUAGGCUGGGAUCUCAUAGCUGGUGCC